CCGAUUCCCAAGAUGGCGGCCCCCGGCUUGCUGCGCGGUGGCUGGAGCCGGCUGGUCUCUGGUCUCCUGGGGCUGGGGGGCGGCUGGGCCCGGCCUCCGACCCGCGCGCUCCGGCAGGUUGUGGAAGUUACAGAAGGAAGUACAACUGUUAUUGAGGGCAAAAUUAUAGAAGAUGUCAAAACCCCAACUCCUCCUAACCCUUCUGGUCAGUGUCCCAUUUGUCGCUGGAACCUGAAGCACAAAUACAAUUAUGAGGAUGUCUUAUUGCUGAGUCAGUUCAUCCGUUCUGAUGGAGGGAUGCUGCCCCGUAGGAUCACAGGUCUUUGUCUGGAGGAGCAUAAGAAAGUUGCAGUGUGCGUACAAAUGGCUCACCGAGCAGGUUUGCUGCCAAACCACAGGCCGCUGCUUCCUGAAGGGCAUGUUUCCAAGAAACCCAAGCUCAACAGGUAUCUUACCCGCUGGUCAGUCAGAUCUGCUAAGCCUAUCUGGAAGAGGGGCCCUAAGUGGUGCAGAAUCCCCUUUCGUGUUGGACAUCCCUUGCUGAUGAAUAACAUCAACUAUGGGCAGAGGCCUGUUUAUUUAAAUCACUGAGGCACAGUGGAACUUGCAUAACGAAUGGGUCACAGCUCUUCAGGCAACACCCUGAUUCCAAGCAUCUCUCCUUUUAGCAUUCUGCAUUGUCUCCAGUGAGCAAGCAACCAUCUGCUUCUCUGGGGCAUGCAGGAUUCGUAAUCAUUGCCUUCCUGUGCAAGUAGAACAAGGGCUGACAUUUGACUAUAUUUUAAAAGCAGGAAAGGAUCGGAUCAUUGGUUCAUGACGACCCAAGAGGGUUUUUGCAGCAGGAAGCUUUAGAAGGAGAAUACCUCUCAGAUCUGAUCUGUCACUGGCCCAAGCCGUAGAACCUUUGACUCUGAAGAAAAGUUCUCUGCUCCCUACUACCUCAUCAGGAGUGAUGGAAAUUGUGUUAAUCACACAAGUGGAAUACUUUUGUAGUCUGUAAUGACCUUAGUUUGAGGCAGAAAACACAUGACAGUGGCUGGCAGGCAUUUGGCAUGAUGAUUGUGUCUCACUAUAUGCCUGUUAGGAUUACUUACUGGCUCCCUGUAACUCUUGUGCCUGACAAAUACAAAACACAUUGACACUCUUAA